AUCAUCUACAAAAUCCUGUUGUCUGGCAACUGAACAUGACCUGAGUGAAUGUGCUAUCAGUUUGAACUGUCUUUUACAGCAUUAUCUUGAUGGCCAGAUUUCAAUACUGCAAGAAAAAAUAGAUCAUUUAGAACGCCUGUUGGCAGAAAAUAAUGAGAUUAUUUCAAACAUACGAGAUUCUGUGAUCAAUCUGAGUGAAUCGGUAAAGGAUGGUCAAAAAAAUCCAGAGGCUAUAAACUUCAGUCAAGGAUCUGUCUCUGAGCUUUUUCCUUCUGCUUCAGUUUUGCUUGCAGUUGAUUCUGAGGAUUGUUUGUUUGCUUCAAAAAGUGGAAGCCAUGGCUCAGGUGUACAGAUGUUGGAUGUCUAUGACAUUCUUCCUUUCGAUAAUCCAGAUGGUGGCGUGUGGAAACAAGGAUUUGAUAUUACGUACAAUGAAAAUGAAUGGGACAGUGAACCACUUCAAGUUUUUGUCGUGCCUCACUCACAUAAUGACCCAGGUUGGCUGAAGACUUUUGAUGAUUACUUCAGAGAUCAAACACAGCAUAUCUUAAAUAAUAUGGUUGUAAAACUGCAAGAAGACAACCGAAGGAAAUUUAUAUGGUCUGAGAUUUCAUACUUUUCAAAAUGGUGGGAUGGAAUAGACAGCCAAAAAAAGGAUGCCGUUAAAAGGUUAAUAAAAGAUGGACAAUUUGAAAUAGUAACAGGAGGAUGGGUCAUGCCUGAUGAAGCCUCUCCUCAUUAUUUCGCUUUAAUUGACCAACUGAUAGAAGGACAUCAAUGGCUAGAAAAGAACCUUGGAGUAAAACCAAAGUCUGGUUGGGCAAUUGAUCCUUUUGGGCAUUCACCAACAAUGGCCUACCUUUUGAAACGCACAGGAUUUUCCAAUAUGCUUAUACAAAGAGUUCAUUACUCAGUUAAAAAACAUUUUGCAAUGCAGAAGACACUAGAAUUUUUUUGGAGACAAAACUGGGAUUUGGGAUCCAGUACAGAUAUCCUUUGUCAUAUGAUGCCUUUCUAUAGCUAUGAUGUUCCUCAUACUUGUGGUCCAGAUCCAAAAAUCUGCUGCCAGUUUGAUUUCAAACGUCUUCCUGGAGGAAGAGUAAGCUGCCCAUGGAGGGUUCCGCCAGAAGCCAUUCAUGCUGGAAAUGUUCAACACAGGGCUUGGAUGAUUUUAGAUCAAUACAGAAAGAAGUCAAAGCUUUUCCGUACUAAAGUUCUGUUGGCUCCACUAGGGGAUGAUUUCCGCUAUGCCGAGAGCUCAGAAUGGGAUCAGCAGUACCAGAAUUAUCAGAAGCUGUUUGAUUAUAUGAAUUCUCAUCCUGAGUGGCAUGUUAAGGCCCAGUUUGGAACUUUGUCAGAUUACUUUGAAGCUCUGCGCAAAGAAAGCAAUUUGGGUGAAAAGAGCAGCAAUUCAUUUUUCCCUGUUUUAAGUGGAGACUUCUUCACCUAUGCAGACAGAGAUCAUCAUUAUUGGAGUGGAUACUUUACAUCACGACCCUUCUAUAAACGACUGGAUAGAGUCCUGGAAUCCUACUUACGGGCAGCUGAAAUUCUCUACUCUUUGGCUUUCAUACAGUCCAGUAAAUCUGAGAAGAUGGGUGUAUUUCCUUCAGUGGAUAACUAUAAAUUGCUGACAGAAGCUAGGAGGAACCUUGGACUCUUUCAGCAUCAUGAUGCUAUUACAGGAACAUCUAAAGAUUGGGUAGUUGUGGAUUAUGGCACUAGGCUUUUCCAUUCAAUAAUGAACUUGAAGAAAGUGAUAAUUGACUCUGCUCAUAUUCUUAUCCUAAAAGAUAAAGGUGCUUAUGACAUAUCAACUCCGUUCCUGAAGAUGGAAGAUGUUCAGUCUUCCCAAGAUUCUUUGCCACACAAGACAGUUAUAAAGCUGACAUCACAACCAAGGUACCUUUUGAUAUAUAAUCCUACAGAACAAGAAAGAUUUUCAGUGGUUUCGGUCAAUGUGAAUUCACCCAGUGUUAAAUUAUUGUCUCCUUCGGGAAAACCUGUUACUGUCCAGAUUAGUGCUGUUUGGGAUGGAGCAACUACAGUAUCACAUGAAGCAUAUCAGAUCUCUUUUGUGGCGCAUAUACCACCUCUGGGGCUUGGAGUGUACCAGCUUUUGGAGGUUCAGAGUUCAGAAGCAGUUUUGGCAGACUAUAAUAUAUACAUGAGGAAUAGUAGGCAGGAGAAGCCAGACAAACUUUUCAAGAUCAAAGAGAUGCAGAAUUCUGUGGAUAAUAUAAUCUUAGAAAAUUCUUACAUGAAACUGUGGUUUUCUGGGAUGUCUGGAUUACUGGAGAAAAUAAAUAACAAAGAAGAUGGUAAAAAUCAUCAAAUGAAGGUGGAGUUUGCUUGGUAUGGAACUACAAGUAACCGGGAUAAAAGUGGAGCUUAUCUCUUCUUACCAGAUGGAGACGCCAAGCCUUAUAUUUUUACAGAUCCACCUACGAUAAGAGUUGCUCAUGGAAAAAUUUUCUCAGAAGUUGUAUGUUUUUUCCACCAUGUGACACAUACCAUGCGACUGUAUAAAGUCCAGGGUUUGGAAGGCCAGUCUCUUGAAGUUUCCAAUAUUGUGGAUAUUAGAGGAGAAUAUAAUCGUGAGCUUGCAAUGAGAAUUUCAUCCGACAUAAACAGUCAAAAUCGAUUCUAUACUGAUCUUAAUGGGUAUCAGAUCCAGCCCAGACUGACGAUGAGCAAAUUGCCUCUUCAAGCAAAUAUCUAUCCUAUGACUACAAUGGCUUAUAUCCAAGAUGUUGGUGUUCGUUUGACACUUCAUUCAGCUCAGUCUCUGGGUGUUGCAAGCUUGAAAAACGGUCAGUUGGAAGUUAUCAUGGAUCGUCGACUUAUGCAGGAUGACAACCGUGGCCUUGGACAAGGUGUCCAAGAUAACAAGAUUACAGCUAAUAUUUUCCGACUUCUGCUGGAAAGAAGACAUGGAACAGAUGUGAAUGAAGAGAAGGCAUCAGUCAGUUUUCCCUCACUUCUUAGCCAUAUGACUUCUUCUUUCUUAAAUCAUCCUUUAAUUUCAAUGAUAACAUAUGCAGAUUCAGGUGUCCCAGAGAUGCUAAACACUUUUUCUCCACUCAUGUCAUCCAUGCCUUGUGACAUGCAUAUAGUCAAUCUGAGGACAAUCCAAUCAAAGGUAGAUAUUGAGCCGUCUGAUGAAGCUGCUCUGAUUCUUCACAGAAAGGGAUUCGACUGUAGAUUUUCAAACAGAGAAAUGGGUCUUCUCUGUUCCACUACUCAGGGAAAGAUAAAGGUGCAUAAACUCUUUAACAAAUUCAGAGUGGAAAGUCUUACACCCACAUCUUUAUCUUUGAUGCAUUCACCCCCAGAUGCCAGAAAUAUAAGUGAAAUAAAUAUGAGUUCUAUGGAGAUAAAUACGUUCCGGAUUCGGCUAAGAUGAAAUCUGGCUUUAAUACUCAGAUAGAGAAGAGGAAUCUGCAAUUAUAUCUCCUCUAAGUUUCACGUGCAAUAAGAAGCACAUUAUUAUUAUUCCAGCUUCUGGAUACUGUGAGAAAAACAUGCAUUCUAUGAUUUUUUUGACCAACACAGUGAAAAGCCAUGUUGCAAGCAACCUUUUUGUUUGGGGUUUUUUUGUUUGUUUGUUUGGGGGGUUGGUUUGGUUGGUUUUUUUUUUCCAUAAAAUAGCAACAUCAGUAUAAGGUAAUGCAACAAGUGAAGAAAUUUCUAAGGAUGUUAACUUCUCAACAGAUUAAAUCUCAGGUUAAAUGCUAACUAAUGAUGUUUCUGGUGUUUUAAUUUUCAUAAAGAGGGGAUUGGAUUUUAAACAGCCUUCUUUGCUGAUCCUUGAUGAAUUUAUGUACAAAAAAUUCCGUGUAGAAAGUCCUGACGCAGCUUGGAAAUAAAAUAGAAUAAAAUGGUCUUGUGUAGUAGCUAAUGUCCAAAUAUUUACAAUCAUUUAUAUAAAUGACAAUAAUCUCAAUUUAUUCCACAAUUAAUUUCAAUUUAUUCAACACAAAGGGGAUUAUUAAUUGUGGUAAAAUGAAAGCCUGCAGUACUUGUGAUAAGUGAUGGUAGAUGUUAAUACUUCUACCAUUCACCUGAGUUAUGUAAAUAGGAAAACAUGAACCUACAAAAUAAUUUUGCAAUGGAAAUGUUUAAUAAAACUCCCAUUUUGUUACUUGACACACUGGGAUAUGUGCAAUUAUUCCAUUAUCAUGUAUGAUAAGAAAUGUCCAUAAUUAUCAUGAAUACAAGAUUUUUUAUAAAAUUCAUUUAGAUACCGAUGUUCUCUGAAAUGAGUUUUCUAUUUCAAGAUUACCAUAUCAAGAUAAAUGUGCCUUAUUUUUUGAUACGUCUUGUUACAAUUUUGGUGUCUAUGUUAAUGUUUUUGGGGGAAAGGUAGUUUAUAUAAUACUUAAGCUGUGUAUCUCCAAUUUAACAAUGCUGGCCACACUCUGAUCUAUGUCCUCCUGCACCAAGUUUGUGCUAUCUUAUUCUGAACAUUUUGACUAUUUGAAUGUAUUAAAAUGAUGUCAUAACGUGAAACACAGACAAAAAAUUACUGUAAAAUCUAAAUUCAGCUGCUUUCAAGGAAAUGGCAGCUUGAUGCAGAGAGUUGAUAGUAAGCAAGACAUAGUUUGCAAACCCAUCAAAACAUGUGCUUGCAUGUCACAGACUGUGGUGACCUAUUAAUUAAGAAUCAUGUGCCUAUAUUUUAAACAACAUUUUUCAAACUUGCAACCUCACUUACAUUGCCAGUGUUCACAUUACUGAAGAAUGGAGUCUUACAUUUUGCUUUGUUUUCACAUAUUAAGUAAUUCAUAUCUAGUGCUGAAGCCAUUCAAGUGUGAAAAAUAUUUCCCUAAGUAGAGCUGCUGUUUACAGUUAAUAUAUACAAACAUGCACUUGAGUAUGAUCCCAUUUCCUAGUCUUCAUUUAUCUUCAUAGCUUUCUUCUAUCUCCUGCUUACGCUUUACUUUCCCAUACUUCAUUGCUUAUCUUUAAUACUAAUGCAUGAAAAGUCAUUAUAACUGGUAAAAAGAUGUGCUAUUUUCUAACUCUAAUAUUGCCUACUGUAUUUAAUUUCAUCAUUAUUGUUCCACAGUGUAUCAAAUUAUAUCACAUAGCUACAGGCUAUCUUAAAAGAAAAUGAAAGUGAAACUUUUAUUUCAUGCAUUGUAAUAGGUUGGAUCUCUGUUGGGAUUGUGUAGAUUUCCCUACUUAAUUCAAUCUACUGUGUGUUUUGUAAUUAAUGGAAUACUUAGUAGGAUCUGGUGCAAGUUAUAUCAAGAAUAUAAGAACCACUAACCACAAACGGAAGAAUCAGAUGGAUCCAAUAAAUGGAUGUUUUCAUGCAAUAAACAUGUACUGUAAGUUUCCUUAGCUGUCGUAUUUGAAAAUACUAUUUUUGUUGGAACUCAAAGCUUGGUAGACUUGCCAGCAGAAAGUUCUUGUAACAUUUAUUUUGUUGCAUCUUCAGAAUUAAAAUGCUUCAGAGACUUUUAUGUGUUCUGUGCAAGAGAGCUUUUAAGAUACUAUUUCAGUUUUGUUGGGCAGAAAAGUAAAAUUUUAAUGCAAUAAAGUUUUAAAGUAUUUUGCCUGUUGGAAUUGCUUCCAAAAGAUGUUUCACAUAGCAUUGUAUCUCUUUUUUUAUCAUCACCUGUACAAUCAUGAUGCCUGAAUCUUCCUUAACCAGCAGAUUUGAUGCUUUAUUUUGCAUUUUCUGUGUAACAACAGAACAGCCUUCAAUUUGGGAACCUUUCCUGAAAUCCUUAACGAAGUCAAAACUCCAGUCAAAGUCUGAUAAUAAAUUUUACUUUAAUUGGGUCAGAAUGUGGCUAUUGAUGGGUAUGAGGUUGUCUUGAUUUUUUUUCAACAACUCUUAAUGAGUUCUUAUGCUGUAUUUUUGUUAUAUUGGGUAUUUUGAUUAAGUUCUUGUUUUUUUCUGUGCAUUGGCCAUCUAAUUUAAUCAUAGGGAAAUGGUUUAGUGGUGGGAUGGCAGUGUUGGGUUGACGGUUGGACUUAAUGAUCUUAAAGGUCUUUUCCAACCUAAACGGUUCUAUGAUUCUUUUUUUUUUUUCUAUUUUCAUAGCUGCUGGAUUUAUAACUACUGGUUAAGAGAACCAGGCAUCCUUACCUUCCACUAUAGAUUUAAAGACAAUGCUGUGUAAGAAAUAGUUUAAAACCUUGUAAUUACUUUCCACACCAGACUUUUACCUGUACUGAAUUUUUUUUUUUGCAUUCCUUUAUCUUAAAUGUCUUUGGUUUACUUGCUCAUAUUGUCUGAAAAAAAAACUGAUUUCAAUUGAAGGUUUUUGAUAUUUUCUCCUGGAAGGUUUUAUAU